AUGGCAGAUACUAUCUCCAUUUUAGUCGCCACAGACAAUCAUGUUGGAGCUCACGAGCGGGACGCAAUCCGAGGGGACGAUUCAUGGAAGUCAUUUCAUGAGAUUAUGUGUGUGGCCAAAGAACGCGAUGUCGAUAUGGUGCUACUAGCCGGCGACCUCUUCCACGAGAACAAGCCAUCACGAAAAUCCAUGUACAAUGUCAUGCGGUCACUGCGGCUCAACUGUCUAGGUGACAAGCCCUGCGAGUUGGAGAUGUUAAGUGAUGAAUCGGAGCAUUUCGACGCUACUUUCGACCAUGUCAACUACGAAGACGCAAACAUCAACGUCGGCAUACCGGUCUUUUCUAUCCAUGGCAACCAUGAUGACCCUACAGGCCAAGGCCAUUUUGCAGCUCUCGACUUAUUGUCCGUGUCGGGACUGAUAAAUUACUACGGCAAAACUCCGCAGAGCGACAAUUUCUCUGUCAAGCCAGUUCUGAUACAGAAAGGACGCACUAAGCUCGCUCUAUAUGGUUUGUCUAAUGUCCGCGAUGAACGUCUCUACCGAACAUUUCGUGAUGGCAAUGUGGUCUUCCACCGGCCAAGCACUCAGAUGAAGGAUUGGUACAAUCUCAUAUGCGUACAUCAAAACCAUCACGCUCACACAGAAACAUCCUAUCUGCCCGAGAACUUUCUUCCCGACUUCCUCGACCUAGUCAUCUGGGGCCAUGAGCAUGAAUGCAUUAUCAACCCUCAACUAAAUCCAGAAAUGAAUUUCCAGGUCAUUCAGCCAGGCUCUUCUGUGGCUACGUCCUUGAUUCCAGGCGAAGCUGUCCCAAAGCAUGUGGCACUCAUCUCAAUUACUGGACGGGAAAUGCAUUCAGAACCCAUCCGUCUAAAGACUGUACGACCGUUUGUGUACAAGGAUAUUGCUCUUGGCGCGGAUAAGAUGGCAGUUAAGCUAGCGGAGAAGGAUAAUCACCGAACCAAGCUCACGCAACAUCUCAUCAAAAUCGUUGAGGGUAUGAUCGAGCAAGCAAAGGCCGAAUGGCUUGAAGCACAAGAUGAGCCAGUGGAAGAGGGCGAUGAGCCUCUCCAAUGCCCCCUUCCUCUCAUCCGACUACGUGUAGAAACAACUUCGGCGGAUGGACAGAGCAAAUUUGACGUGGAAAACCCACAACGCUUUUCCAACCGCUUUAUCGACAAGGUUGCGAACACCAGUGAUGUCAUCCAAUUUCACGUGAGGAAGAAGAACGCUUCAGCCACGAGAACAUCAAAGGAUAAGGGAAUGACGAAUGAAAUCAUGGCCAAAUUCGCAGGGCUAGAGAACAUCGGUGUCGACGAGUUGGUCAAAGAAUUUCUCGAAGCCCAAUCCCUCACCAUUCUUCCUCAGAACUACUUCGACGAUGCGGUCCGCCAGUACGUCGUCAAAGACGACAAGCAUGCGAUGGAGCUGUUUGUGAACGAGUAUCUCGCCAUUCAGAUCCAGAACUUAGUCCGGCUGCAAGCCGAUGCAAACGAUGACGAAGAGGAUGAAGAUCUGGCCUCUCAGAUCAAGGAGCAGCGUGCGAGGCUAGAAGAAUUGUUUGGCAAAGGUCUACUUAAAGCCAGCAAGGCUCGAUUCAAACCCAAGCCAGAUAACUGGGACUCUGAUCUGGACGGUGAAUGGGAGGCUCAGCCAGCAGCGCUGUUGCGCACAGACGAGGAUCUCGAAGAAAUGGACGAAGACGGUAGUGACGGCAGAACUCCUGCACCUCGAGCAACCACAACCCGAGGGCGAGGGCGAGGCGGCCGUGGAGCCCGUGGAAGAGCCCGUGGCGGCGCCACGACAACAUCUGGCCGGAAGCCAACAGCGACAUCGGCGACAAAGAAAGCCACAGCGACAGCUUCACACAGUCGGAGACGUGCAGUUCCCUCCGAUGAAGAGGAGGAGGAGGAAGACGAAGACAUUGUCAUGUUCGACGAUGACGAAGUGGAGCCAUCAGAAGAGGAGGACUCACAAGCCAUGUUUUUCCGAGAGAAGCGCAAGGCAACUACAAAGGCCUCAACCGGCACAGCGGGUCGGUCAGCUCCAGCCUCCACCGCCUCGAGCACACGAGGUCACAAGGCUGCCGCAACAGCAGCGCCCGCUGUCAGGAAACCACCUACUCGAGCCACCGCGAGUAGGGCGAAGCAGUCUACAUUGAGUUUCACAACGUCUCAGAAUAGCAUUCUUGGCCACGGUCGAGGCAGCGCACGCAGUGCCAGAAGCGUGAAUGAUGAUAUCGAAGACGAUGCCGAUGAUGAUGCCUUUGAGCCUGUUUCAAGCGUGAGGAACAGGCGUUGA